AUGUUUCUUAAAAAGAACUAUUUUUUAAAUUCAAAACAUUUUCUCAAGGCCAAAGAGAAGCGUUCACAAAAAAAAAGAAGCUUUUCGCUUAUGGUGGCAAAACGAGAAACACAGAGAAUGGGAGACACGCGUGGAUUUGUGUUUGUUAAUGCUCUCCUGGAGAUAUACGUACGUAUAGCUAAGCUAAGGUACUCUCACAAUUGUAGAAGUUUAUUAGCAGCUUUUCAUGACCUCAUACACGGCUUACAGCAAUCUAAUUGA